AGCACUGCCCAGGCGGGUGGGCAGGAGGGUGGACAGGAGCAUGGGCAGGGAAGACCCUGCACGCCCAGGGCGCCAUCGGCGAGGGCACCUGGUGGCUCUGACCGUGAGCCUCUUCCUCACCUGCUGGCCAGGCCCCACUGCAUCAACGACGUCUACUCAGUCCUUGACAAGCCCAGGCAGCAACAUCCACAUCACAUGGGAGAAUUCUAGACCCACAGGAACCACAGAUUCAACCAGCAUCAGCAAAACCAGUACUUUAACUUCUGGAGAACAAAGGAGUCCUGAGAACAUCAACCUUACCAGUGUUUCAGGAGUGACAACCACAUCUCCUUCUACCAUCUUUGUCCCAAGGAACACCAUCAACCAUCCAACAAUGGCUGAAAACGAGACCAAGGGAAAUUUGAGUGCCUCUAUAGCUCCACCUGAGACCUCUGUGACUGAAAGAAGAAACAGUUGGGGUACCACCUCUAACACCUCAGAUUUGAGCACUGUUGACAGCCAGCAAGAAAGUUCUACUCAGGUCUCUCCAUCACACACAGCAGGGGAGCUCAGAAGUCCUGACACCACUGCUGAUGGAAACAGCCCCAGCACAACUGCCCCCGGGAGCUCUGACGUCUCCAGGACACUAGAUUCCAGCACCCCAUCAGAAGAAAUGUGGACCGGCGCAGGUACAAGUGAACUACAGUCCACCUGGGGGACAGAGACAAGUCCUACAGAGGAAACACUGACUAUUGAGACAGACCCUAUCCACACCUCCCUUAAUAACUGGGUGGUUUCUGAGUCCACCGAGCCACGCAUAAGCUUCCCUGAAACAGCAUCACCUGGAAAAACAUCUUCAGACACACCCACCCUAGAAGCCACAGCUAGCCCAACCCCUGAAGAGGUUACACCUUCCACUGAGAUCACACGGACAGGAGACCGUGACACAAGUAUCAGUCAAGAUACGACAUCCCUACCUACAGGAGCCACAGCUCCAUCUGAAACAGCUACAGAUUUGACUCCAGCCUUUGGUUCUGCCCCUGUGUCCAUGUUGACAACAGUGACCAUGCUGGAUCCUGGCUCAAGUGCUCCAGGAGGGACAACCCCAAUAUCAAGCAAGACUUCUUCCAAAAUGCCUGGGAAGCUGGAUUCUAAGGAAGGAACCAGCGGGGUUCUGACUGUAUCCAACGCUGAGCAUCACUUCUCCUCUCCUGACACCAGCCCACCAGGAGACCUCAUGACCCCCACCAGCAUUCCUCUGUUCUUGUCCACUUCCAUUACUGAUCCUACAGGAUCACGGUCCAGCCCAUCUUCAGACCACAUGGUCGCCUCCUCCAAGGACACAGAGACCCCUGGGAGCACAGGAAGGACAGAGUUAAACCCAGCUUUUCCUCUUUCCAAAACAUCAAGUCAUACAGAAACCAGUGCUGAAAGAGUCAGAGGUACGACUUCCCCUCUGGGCCACCCAUCUCCCUCAGGGGAAGGGACAACAAGGAGUGUCUUCACGCUUAGCACAUCCCCUGAUGCCACAGACUCACCCAGCAUCUCCACAGUCAGCACCUUGGCUUGGCAAGGGUCAUCUGGACCAGGCACCCUCAGCAUCACCCAGGUUCCAAGAGUGAAAACCACAUCCCCUUCCACCACCUCCGUCUCAGAGGAGACCAAUAUCCAUCCAUCAUUAACUGGAAAUGAGGCCAAGGAAACCUUCAGUGGAUCUACAGCUCCACCUGAGGUCUCUGUUCCUGGAAGGGAGAGUAAUUGGAUGACCACCUCUGCCCCUUCCCCAAAUUUGAGCACCACUAACAGCAGGGAGACAAGUACAGCUCAGGUCUCUCCAUCACACACAGGGAGGGCACUCAGAAGCCCCCACACCAUUUCUGAAAGGCAUAUCCCCAGCACAGCUCACCCUGAGAGCUCUGACUUCUCCAGGACUCCUGUUUCCAGCACCUCAGCAGAAGCAUCAUGGAGCAGUGCAGGUACAGGUCAACACUUACCUGGAUCCCAGCUCACCAGGUGGACAGAGACAAGCCCUGGAAUAAAGAUAGUGACCAGUGAAACUGGUCCUGUCACCAUUUCCCCUGGUACCUGGGGGGUUGUUGGCUCCACCACCCCAAGGUCAAGCUCCACUGAAACAGCAUCACCCAGAGAAACAUCUUCAGACACUCCCAUCCCAGAAGCCACAACCAGACAAACAGCUAAGGAGUUUACGUCUCUAACCGAGAUCUCACGGACAGGUGACAGUGAUACAAGGACCAGCCAGGGUACAACCUACCUAACUAGCAGAGACACAGCUUCCUCUGAAACAGCUACACAUUUGACCCCGGCCGUCAGCAGUGCCCCAGUGUCCACGGCUACAGCAGUGAUCACAGGUGCUCUUGGCUCAAGUGCUCCAGCAGGGACAACCCCCACAUCAAGCAAGGUUUUUUCCAAAAUACCUGAGAUGUUGUCUACAGGGAAGCCAGAUUCUAGGGAGGGAACCAGCCAGCUUCUGACUCCAUCCAACCCUGGACAUCACUUCUCCUCUCCCAGUGGCACCCCUGUAGGAGACAGCAUGAUACCCACCAGCCCUCCUCUGCUGUUGUCCACCUCAGGUCCUGGUGAUACAGCACGGAUCGGCACAGCUUCAGACCACACAGUCACCUCCUCCAUGCACACAGAAACCACGGCAAAGACAGAGCCCAGCUCAGCUUUCCCUAUUUUCCAAACACUAACUGAUGCAGAAACUAGUGCCAAAAGAGUCAGAGGUACCACUUUCCUUCUGGGCCACCCAUCUCCAUCAGGGGAAGGGACAGCAAGGACUGUCUUCAUGCUUAGUACGUCCCCUGAUGCCACAGACUCACCUAGCAUCACAACAGCCAGCACCUUGGUUUCGGAAGUUUCAGCUGGUCUGGCCACCCUCAGCAUCACCCAGUUUCCAGGAGUGAAAACCACAUCCCCUCCCACCACCUCCAUCUCAGAAGAGACCAGCACUCAUCCAUCUAUGACUGAGAAACAUACCAGAGAAACUUUGACAGCACCUGUGGCUCCAUCUGUGACCUCUGCUCCUGGAAGGGAGAAUAAUUCGGCCACCACCUCUGCCCCCUCCCCAAGCUCCAGUUCUGUGGACGGCAGGGGGACAAGCUCAAUUCAGGUCUCAAAAUCCCAUCCAGGAUGGGAGCUCAGAACACCACACACCACUUCUGAAAGACACAGCCCCAGCACAACUGCCCCUGAGAGCUCAGACACCUCCAGGACACUUGAUUCCAGCACCCCAAGAGAAGCAUCAUGGACCAAUGCAGGUACAAGUGAACCCUCAACUGAACCCCAGCCCACUUGGAAGACAGAGACAAGUUCUGGAGAGGAGACACUGACCAAUGAGACAGGCCGUAUCAGCACCUCCUAUGAUACCUGGGUGGAUUCUGAGUCCACUGAGCCAAGUAUAAGCUUCACUGAAACAGCAUCACCUGGAGAAACUGCUUCAGACACACCCACCCUAGAAGCCCCAACCGGACAAACCACCGAGGAGUUUACGUCUCCCACUGAGAUCACUCAGACAGGUGACAGCGACACAAGGACCAGCCAGGAUACAACCUACCUAACUAGCAGAGACACAGCUUCCUCUGAAAGAGCUACACAUUUGACCCCGGCCGUCAGCAGUGCCCCAGUGUCCACGGCUACAGCAGUGACCAUAGGGGCUCCUGGCUCAAGUGCUCCAGCAGGGACAACCCCCACAUCUACCAAGGUUUCUUCUGCAAUUCCAGAAGUCUUAUCUACAGGGAAUCCUGAUUCUGGGGAGCCAAGCAGCUGGGGUCUGACCCCAUCAACCUCCAGACACCAUUUUUCCUCUCCUGAAACCAGCCCUGCAGGAGAUAUCACAAAAAGCACCAUCCCUCCUCUGUUGAUGUCCACUUCAAUUCCUGAUGAUACAGCAUCAGGGCUCGGCAUAUCCUCAGGUCUUAAAUUCACCUCCUCUGUGCACACAGAGACCCCUGAGACCACAGCGAAGACAGAGACCAGCUCGGCCUUCCCUCCCUCCAGUACGCUCAGUAAUGCAGAAACAGGUACUGGAAGAGUCAGAGGGUCAGUGGCAACCACCACCGUGGAUCUGAGGGACACGGAACCUGGAGGCACCACACUGCCAAAGGGGAGCUUCACAUCCCUGGAGACCAUCAGUCUGGGGCCAGAUGAGUCUGUGGGUGCUAUCACCAGGGAGCCAAGUCAAGGAGAACGUGGAGGUACCGCUCGGCCAACCAGUAAUCCUGCAUCUCUUAUGACUACGAUCAGUGUGGGUAUGUCCACAAGAAGCCCAGAAAUGGCUACAGCUUUGAAAAUCAUAAGCUCCCAGGAGCCCAGCAUCAGCCCAGAGACCAGGUACACUCUGGAAAAUUCUCAGAAGACUUCAACAGCAGCUGUCCCUAUGGUGACCACUGUGGAACCAGCCACCCUUCAGUCCAUGGCCACAGGGAGUGGCCGCAGCAGCCUCCCUCACUCACCCACAGGAUUCGUGACAGCAGCCAAGCCGCCAGCAAAAGGGAGAGCAGCUACAGAAUGGGUCUCAUCCUCCCCAUCUGAGGAUUGGACCAACACCCACCUUGGGACUCCAGAAGGGACCAAGAAGUCACUGGGCACAGUGUCCUCUAUCCCCCUAGGGUCAGUUCCUAAAUUCACCAUAGGGACUAGUCCACAAAGCAGCCCAACUCAGAUUCCAAGGACAACUGGAAUGAGUUUCCCUACAUGGCUUGGCUCUGCUAGAGGGACCACAGUGGACACACGUGUCUCUCUGAGCACAUCUUCCACUAGUCCUAAAGACUCUGCAGCCAUCCCAGACUCUGUGACAACCCAGACAGUAACCAUGAGCUCAGAGACAGAUAAACCUGAAUUUAUAACCAAGACAAAUGUCGGCUCCACAGUCAUUCCUUCCACCGUCCUGAGUAAAAAGACAAUAACAGAUGAACAGCAGUCGAGCAUAUCCAUGAGUGAGGCUUAUUCAUCUGCCAGCCUGAGGUCAGAGCAGACAACUGGGAGGGACCUGACUCUUGGUGGAUCUCCUGGGACCACAGACACGUUGCCUAAAACCUCCAUAGAACCAACCAUAUUAGCAACUCUGACCUCUGAAAGCCAAGCCAUGACCAGCCUCACUAAUGCCUCAGAAGGAAAAACAACCUCUUCACCAUCUGUCACAUUCCCCUCAAUGGGGUCUAAGACACUGGUGGCCAUCACAAGUGUAGUGGCCAGUGAUAUUGCCUCUAAUCUUGGGCAACUAUCACAGACCUCAUCUCCUGCAGCAGUGAGCACCAUGGAUGUAACCACAGCCCCCACUCCAAGUACCAUCACCACCAUCACCACCAUGGAAACCAACUCAGUCCUGACUACCAUGCCUAACCCGAAGGAGAGUGUGAGCACCAUGGACAGCACCCUGGCCACAGAGACCAGCACAUCUGCUCUUGAGCACCCACUCACAUGGUCAUCUACAGCUUCACCAGCCCCAGCAUUUGGUCCCUGGACCAUCACAAACAUGACUUCAAGCUUGGAAGCCACAGGUUCUCCUACAGCAAUUUCUGCAAUGGGUACAACUUCAUCCUUAGCAUCAAGCACUGAGUCAGGCUCUGAGUCUACCCCCCCUGACCUUGUGACUGUUGUCAGAACCAGCCUAACCAUCCCAUCCUCCCAUGCUUCAGCUGAAAAGACAGAGGCCAGCACGAGUGUAAGAACAUUGAGUCCUUUAGACAAAACUGCAUCUGUGCCCAUCUCAACUUCUGUUGUUGAGAAGAUGAGCACCUCAUUUGCUGACAUUUUAAGCACCAGUUGGACUCCCAGUAGAAGACAAACGGAAGCCAUGCAUGUCUCAAUGGCCUCUAUGGACCAUCCAGAUACAAAGAUUACCCCCAAGGUCCUCCCAUCCACUCCUCUGCCUGAUUCUCUGUCCACUCUUGACUGGGUCAGCAGGAGUUCUGUGUCAUCAGCUGUAACCACUACCUCAGCUCAUCAAGGGGUCACAACUCCUCCCAAAUUCCCUUUGGAGAACAUGAUCAACACAGCUACCUCGCAGCCAGCAACCUCCAUAGGGGACAUUACAAGUAGUGUCACUCCUGCUACAAUAGUAAGUAGCCCUAAAGUCACUUUAUCAGGGAGGCCAGAUCUUGCUAGCAAGGAAGCAGAGAACAGUUCUCCCCAGCUUUCCACCACAGCUGCUGCAGAUCCAGGACAUGUAUCUGUACCAGAAGCAACAACUCGGGAUUUAAUCCCACACACAAUAAGAACACCACCUCCAACUCCCCAGGAGAAUGAAAUAAGGACUUCUACAAUGGAUGCAAGUAUUUCCACCUGGACAGUGAAAGAACAAAGCUCAAGCACAUCUCUGACCCCCGAGGUCUCUUUUGUCUCAGGAGGGACUAUCAAGGAGGUUAGUGACUCCCCAGGCUCCUUAAGCAUCACGAAUCUACUGGGCAUAAGUGUGGAAUCUGGGACUACUUCAUCUCCAUUUUGGAAAAACAGCCCAUCAGAGAGAAGAGCAACUUCUGAACCUACCACUGACAAAGAAGUAAUUCACCCAUCUACAAACACAGUAGAUACAACAGUGUGGCCCUCGAGUUCUGAGCAUGAUCUUCAUUCCACUGUCCCCACUCACUCAGAGUCAUCCAUGGGCACAUACCUAAUGAACACUACCUCCAUCAUGGGGAAUACCAUUGUUUCAGCACCAGCAACCACCUGGCCAGAAUCCACAGGGGCUGGAAGAGAGCUUGAUUACCCUCUGACCACUGAACUGAGGGAGUCCAAUACUUACAUGGAUACCAACUCAACCGCAGAGAUCGGCACUGUCCAUUCCCCAAGUCAUUUUGCUACUACUGGGGGGUCCAGGACAGAAGUCACUACCUCUGACAGAAUUUUCAGCCCAGAUCUAACUCAGUCCACAAGGUCAUCAGGCAUCACCAGGCCCUCUACCUUCCCUGACAUGACGGAAUCUGAAAGAAGGCCCAUCACCAUGCAAACAAGUCUUUCUAGGGCUACAUCACUGGGUACACCUACCUUGGACACAUUAGCCACAGCUUCCUCAUCAGGGACUCACUUGGCUGUGACUCAGGGAUUUCCACACUCAAAGAUGACUGCUCUAACGAGCCAAGGUCCUGAAGAUGUAUCGCGAACAAUUCCUCCUUCUGUGGAAGAAACCACCUCUUUGUCUUCUGUGACACCCAUCUCUGCCACAACCUCAUCUUCUCAUGUUGUGUUGACAUUACAAGGGCAAAGUACCUCCUCUCCUCUACCUGUGACCUCACAUCUCUUGCCUGAGAACUCUGGCCUGGGAAAGAUCACAGACACAUUGAGGCCCAGCCUGGAACCUGACACCAGUUUGCCACCAAAUUUGAGCAGCAGCUCACUUGAGACGCCGGUCACCACAGAAACAAAAGCAAUGGGUCCUUCCAGAAACACAGCAGUGACACCUGUUGGGGAUACCAGUUCUGGACGUGAAUCACACUCUCCUGUCCUGGCCCCCACACAGCCACCCAAAGCUACAUCUUUAGUGGUUACCUCCUCCUCCACGGGGGACAUAACUGCUUUCACAUCGAUGUCUGGCUCAUCUGAGACUAUAAAGAUUGAGAGAGAGUCAGUGCCCUCUCUGAAUACUGGGCUUAGGGAGACAAGUACCUACCAGAAGACCAUCUCUGCUACAGAGAUAAGCACUGCUAUUUCUAAUGUGUCUACAAAUGAUGCUACUACUGAGGUCACGAGGACACAAGCUACCUCAUCUAGCAGGAUAUCCAUUCCAAGUCCUCACUUCAAAACUUUUCCAAACACACCUACAGAAAGCAGAACCAGCCCCUCCACAUCCAUGCUCAUGACAGAAUCUUCAGAAAUGACGAUCACCACCCAAACAGGUCCUCCAAGCAUGACAACACAAAGUACCCUGACCUUGGACACAUCAACUCCAGCCUCCAGGGAAGGAACCCACUUAGCUGUGACUCAGAAAUUUCCACUAUCAGAGAUGACCACUGUCAUGAGCAAAAGUCCUGAAGAUAUGUCUUGGACAAGUCCUACCUCCAUGGGGGAGACCAACUCUCCAUCUUCCCUAGAACCUUUUUUCACCACAACCUCACCUUCUGCACCUUUCAUGUUACAAGGGAACAGUACCUUCUCUCCUGUGUCCAAAACCUCAGUCCUCACCUCUGACUUGGGAAAAACCAGAGAAGUGUUGGGCACAAGCUUGGAACCUGUGACCAGUACACCUGAAAGUGUGAACAACAUCUCACAGGAGAUACUAACCUCUUCAGAAGCCACCAGCGAUACAGAAACAACUCAUUCUUCAAGAAUCACAGCAGUAACUGAUAUGGGGAUCACUAGUUCAGCACACAAAUCACAAUUCACAGUCCCAGCCAACACAGAGUCACCCAAAGCCACAUCUGCAAUGGUUAUCUCUUCUACCAUAAGAGACACCAGUGUCUCCACAUCAACUCCAGACUCUUCCAAAAUGGCACAGAUUGAGACAGGGCCAACAUCCUCCUUGACCGCUGGACUGAGGGAUACCAGCACCCAUCAGGAGGAAAGGUUAAGUAGAGAUCCUUCCAAAAACACAGCAGUAACCAAUAUGAGGACCACCGAUGAUGAACACAAAUCACGUUCCUUUGUCUCAACUGACUCAGAACCAUCCAAAACUGUAUUCCCAAUGAAUACAGCCAUCACCAUAGGGAAAACCACUGUUUCCACCCCAAUGUCUAGCUUCUCUGAGACUCCAAGAAUUGAAGCUGAGACAAGUUCCUCCUGGAUGUUUGAAAUGAGGGAAACCAGCACCUCCAAGGAAACCAGCUCAUCCAUGGAGAAAACUAUCCUUCCUGAUAUGAACACUGGUUCUGUUACUGAGGUGACAGGGACAGAAGACAUCUCCUCUAGUGGUAGGCUCAGUCCAAGCCCUGCCAUUUCUACUGUGUCACCAGUAAUCUCCACAGAAACUAGCACAAGACUUUCUACUUUCCCCACAAUGACAGAAUCAACAGAAAUAACUGUCACCAUUGAACAAGGUCAUCCUGCAGCUACAUCACAGAGUACCCUUGAUUGGGACACAUCAACCACAACAUCCAUGGUGGGGACCCACACAGCCGUGACUCAGGGACUUCUAAACACAGGGCUGAUGACUCCCAUGAGCACAGGUGGGACAAGCCCUGCCUCUGUGGAAGAAACCAGCUCUCCAUCUUCCCCAGUGACUUUAUCUGCCACGACAUCACCCUCCCCUGAGUCUCCCACAUUACCAAGGAGGAGCCCCUCCUCUCCUACCCCUGUGACUUCACUUUUCACCCAUGGUCUGGUGAAGACCACAGACACAUUGGGUACUGGCUUGGGACCUGUGACCAGUUCACCUUCAAUUGAGAUCAGCUCCACCAGUGAGAUACUGUCCACUUCUGGAGUCUCCACAAGUACAGAGGUGAUUCAGCCUUCCAAAAGCACAGCCAGGACCCAUGGGGUCAACACAAGUUCUGGACCUGAAGCUCAUUCCUCUGCCCUAGCUGACUCAGAGCCAUCCGAUGUCACGUCUCCAAUUGUUCCUCUUUCCACCUCUAGAGAGACUGCUGUUUCCACAUCAAUGCUUCACUCUACUGAAACUACGACAAUUGAGACAAACUCCACAUCCUCUCUGAGUCCUGAACUGAGAGAGACCAGCACCAUCCAGCAGAACAGUUCAACCACAGAGAAAAUCACUCUUCUUUCCAAAGUGCCCACUGAUACAACUACUGAGAUCUCUAGCAUACAACCCAUCUCCUUCAGCAGCACAUCCUUCCCUGGCCCCACUCAGUCCACCAUGUCACCAGACACUCCUAAAGGCAUCAUCACCAGCCUCUUUACCUCCCCCGUGACCACCGAAUCUGCAGAAAUGGCCAUCACCACCCAGACAGGAUCCUCUGAGGCUACAUCACAGGGCACACUUACCUUGAACUCAGUGACCGAAGCCUCUGGGGCAGGGACUCACCCAGCUGUGACUCAGAGCUUUACACACUCAGAGAUAAGCACUCUCAUGAGCAGGGGUCCCCAGGAUGUGUCUCGGACAAGCCCUGCCUCUGUGGAAGAAACCAGUUCCCCAUCUUCCCCAGUGACUUUAUCUGCCAUGACAUCACCCUCCCCUGAGUCUCCCACAUUACCAGGGAGGAGCCCCUCCUCUCCUACCCCUGUGACUUCACUUUUCACCCAUGGUCUGGUGAAGACCACAGACACAUUGGGUACUGGCUUGGGACCUGUGACCAGUUCACCUUCAAUUGAGAUCAGCUCCACCAGUGAGAUACUGUCCACUUCUGGAGUCUCCACAAGUACAGAGGUGAUUCAGCCUUCUGAAAACAUAGCCGGGACCCAUGGGGUCAACACAAGUUCUGGACCUGAAGCUCAUUCCUCUGCCCUAGCUGACUCAGCGCCAUCCAAUAUCACGUCUCCAGUCAUCCCUCUUUCCACCUCUAGAGAGACUGCUGUUUCCACACCAGUGCCUCACUCUACUGAAACUACGACAAUUGAGACAAACUCCACAUCCUCUCUGAGUCCUGAACUGAGAGAGACCAGCACCAUCCAGCAGAACAGUUCAACCACAGAGAAAAUCACUCUUCUUUCCAAAGUGCCCACUGAUACAACUACUGAGCUCUAUAAGACACAACCCAUCUCCUCCAGCAGCACGUUUAUCCCUGGCCCCACUCAAUCCACAGUGUCCCCAGACACCUCUGCAGGCAUCAUCACCAGCCUCUCCACAUCCCCCAUGACCACAGAAUCUGCAGAAAUGACCAUCACCAGCCAGACAGGUCUCCCUGAGGCUACAUCACAGGGCACACUUACCUUGGACACAUCAACCAGCUCUCCAUCUUCCUCAGUGCCUUCAGCUGCCAUGACGUCACCCUCCCCUCAGCCCCCCAUAGUACCAGGGAAGAGCCCCUCCACACCCACCUCUGCGACCUCACUUCUCAACAGUAGUCUCGUGAAGACCACAGAGAAAAUGGGCACCAUAUUUGAACCAGUGACCACUUUACCUCCACCUUUGAGUAGUCCCACCAUGGAGACACUUUCCACUUCUGAAUUCUCCAUAGAUACAGUGAAAAUUCUUCCUUCCAUACACACCACAAUGACCACUGAGGGUUCCAGCAGUUCCGGCCAUGCACUUAGUUCCUCUGGCUCAGUUGUCUCUGAGUCCUCCAGGAUCACACAUCCUGCUUCCUCCAUGGAUGGGACCACCCUUUCCACAUCAAAGCCUUCCUCCUUUGAGACCACAGCAUUUGAGACCAAGAAACUUUCCCAUCUGACGCCUGGACUGAAGGAGACAAGCAUGACCCUGGGUUUCAGCUCCAGCACACUCACAAACACACCUUCAUCGGCUCUGUCCACUCAUGGUUUGAAGAGUCCCAAGACAGAUGUUACCUCUUCUGUGACAUCAUCAGCCCCAGUUCAGUCUCUGUCUACACAGAAGACUGACAUUCCAGUGGAAACAGUCACACACUUUUAUGCUACUCCGUCCGUAAUAGGGUCUGCUGGCAUAACUCUCCCAGAAUCCAGUAUUUCUUUGCCUGUAUCAGCAAGUACUCAUCACCUACACACAGAUAUGCUGUCUUCAGCUGAGACCAUUCUUGCUAGCACAUUGACAUCUCCCGUGUCAGAGACCAUGGCUUCCUUUGCCACAUCUGGAGUUCCUGUUGCCGUCUCAGCUACCUCCUCAGAUGGUCCAUUUUCUAGGACAGAAUCAGACCCCAAGGAGGAUACCAGGUCCACCGCUGCAGGCAGUCUACCUUUUUCAGCUUCAACACCAUUCCCCUCUUCAACCUUACAUACUACUGAUCUUUCAGUGAGCUCCCCUUCUCAUUGGAUUACUUCCUCCCCAGCCACCCCAAGCACAGUAGACAGCAACCUUGACACAGAGAGCAGAAGGACUAGUGAAUUACCCUUGGUUACAACCAGUACUCUGCCGACUUGGAACCAGCCACACAGGACAUCUUUACCACCCAUUAUGGACUCUAGAAUGACAGAGAGUGUCGGUUUGGGAACAGUGACAAGUUCUUUUCAAGUUAUUCCACACUCAACACAGUCAACAACGACUGAUGGCACUGUGAAGCAUAUCACAAAGAUACCCAACGAAGCAGCCCAUGGAGGCACCACCAUCCAUAUUCCCCAGGCAUCCACAUCUGCUAGUCUUACAGGAUUAUCAACAGGAGGGACAGAGGGGACAGAGACCACUGCCACAGCUCUGAAGACCACCGCCACAGUGACACUGACUACCAGAGUGUCUAUUCCCACUUCAGGAAUGCUGCCUCUCCUCAGGACAUCAGAUAAAAAGGCCAGCACAAGCACAAUAGGAACGAUCGUCACAACCCCAGAUAGUCCAAAGAUGACAGCCUCUUUGACCACCAGAUCUGGAGAUGAGACCAGCACUGCAGUUCCCAUGACAACCUCAUCUAUUUUCAGUAGAGGACCAGAGACUACGCCCUCACUGGUCCCUAGUUCUGGGGUAGAGAUCAGCACUGCAGUUCCCAUGACCACCUCAUCUAUUUUCAGUAGAGGACCAGAGACUAUACCCUCACUGGCCUCUAGUUCUGGGGCAGAAACCAGUGCAGCUGUUCCAACUCUGACUAUUUCCUCGGAUGAACCAGAGACCACAACCUCAUGGGUCACCCAUCCUGCAGAGACCAGUCCAACUGUUCCCAGGGCAAUCUUGAAUGUUUCUCAUAGUGAAUCAGACAGCACACCCCCAACAACUACAAGUUCUGGGAAAGAAGUCAGUACAGCUGUUCCAACUCCUACUGUCUCCCCUGAGGUACUGGGGAUGGUGACCUCAGUGGUUGCUAGUCCUGGGACAGAGACCAGCUCAGCUGAUCAAACUCUGGCUGUUUCCCCUGGUAAGCCAGAAACAACAGUUUCCUUGAUUACCCAUCCUGGGGCACAGGCCAAUUUAAGUGUUCCAACUCCAACUGUCUCCCCUGAUGUAUCAAGGGUGGAAAUCUCACCAACCACCAUUUCUGGGGCAGAGACCAGCACGACUUUUCCAACUAUGACUAAUUUCCCACAUGGACAAGAGACAACAGCCUCAUGGGUCACCAAUCAUGGGACAGAAGCCAGUUCCAUUUUUUCAACUUUGACUGUCUCCCCUGACGAACAAGAUACAACAGCCUCAUGGCUCCAUUCCACAGAGACCAGCACACCUGAUUCCAAAACAGCUCUGAAUUUUUCCCCUAAAGAAUCAGACAGCACAUCUUCAGCAACCACCAGUCCAGGGGCAGAAGCCAGUUCAGCCACUCCAGUGAUGACUGUCUCACCUAGCAAACCAGUGAUGGUGACCUCACUGGCCAUUAGUUCUGGGACAGACACCAGUACAACCCUUCCAACUUUGACUGGGUUCCUGCGUGAAUCAGAGUCAACCGUGUCCUUGGUCACCCAGCCUCCAGAGUCCCACCCAACUGUUCCCAAGACAAUGCCUAUUUCCCAGAAUGAAUCAGGUACCAUGCUCUCAGUGGUCACCAGUCUUGGGGCCAAAGUCAGCUCUGCUGUCCCAACUACAACUGUCUCACCUGGUGUAUCAGGAAUGGUGACCUCACUGGUUACCAGUUCCACAGCAGAGACUAGUUCAACUUCUACAACUCUGACUGAUUUCCUACAUGAAUCAAAGACCACAGCCUCAUGGGUCACUCAUUCUGAGACAAAAGUCAGUUCAACCGUUCCAACUAUGACUGUUUUCCCUGAGAAGUCAGAUACAGCAGUCUCUUUGGUCACCCACCCUGAAAAGACCAGCCCAACUGUUCCCAGGAAAAUCUCCAGUGUUUCCCAUAGUGAAUCAGACACCACAUUCUCAGUGGCUACAAGUCCUGGGGAAGAAUUCAGUUCAGCUGUCCCAGCUACAACUGUCUCACCUGCUGUAUCAGGGAUAGUGACCUCACAGGUUACCAGUUCUGUGGCACAGACCAGCACAACUUUUCCAACUGUGACUGGUUCUAUGUACAAAUCAGAGACAACAGCCUCAGGGGUCACCCAUACUGAGACAGAAGCAAGUUCAGCAAUUCCAACUAUGACUAGUCCCCCUGGGAAGCCAGACACAACAAUCUCACUGGUCAUCCAUCCUGAAGAGACCAGCCGAAGUAUUCCCAGGACAACCCCCAGUGUUUCCCAGGGUGAAUUUGACACAACACCUUCAAUAGCCACUAGUCCUGGGGCAGAAGGCAGUUCAGCUGUCCCAGCUAUGACUAUCUCACCUGGUGUACCAGAGAUGAUGACCUCGUUGAUUACCAGUUCUGUUGUAGAGGCUAGUACAACUUAUCCAACUCUGACUGAUUCCACACACAAACCAGAGACAACAGCCUCAGGGAUCAUCCAUUCUGGGACUGAAACAAUUCCAGUGGUUCCAACUAUGACUGUUUCACCUGGGAAGCCAAAUACAACAGUCUCGGCUGCCACCCAUCCUGAAGAGACAAGCCCAACUUUACCCAGGACAACGCCCAAUGUUUCCCAUACUGAAACAGACACCACAUUCUCAACAGCCACCAGUCCUGGGACGGAAUCUAGUUCAGCAGUCCCAGCUACAACUGUCUCACCUAGUGUAUCCAAGUUGGUGGCCUCUCUGGUUACUAGUUCUGGGGAAGAAAUUAGUACCACUCUUCCAACACUGACUGCUUCUCCAGGUCAAGUGGAAAUCACAGCCUCAUGGGUGACUCAUCCUGAGCCAAAAGUCAGUCCAGCUAUUUCAACUCCAACUCUUUCCACUAGUGUACCACAUACAGUGAACCCACAAGCCACCAGUUCUGAGAUAAAUGCUAGUAUGGCUAUUCCAGCUCUGACACUUUCUCCUGUUGAGCCAAAGACCACAGCCUCAUUGGUCACUCAUCCUGGGGUGCAGGCCAGUUCAGCUACUUCAGUUGUCCUCUCUACUAUGCCAGGGUUGGUGACCUCACUUUUCACAAGUUCUGGGACAGAGACAAGUACAGCUUUUACAAUUCCAACUGAUUCUUCACAUAAACCAGAGACAACAGCCUCAUGGGUCAUGCAUUCUACGGAGACAAAUACUCCUAUUUCUAGAACAAUUCCAAGUUUUCCUCAUAGUAAAUCAGACAUCACACCCUCAAUGGCUACAAGUUCUGAGGUAGAAGCCAGUUCAGCCAUUUUAGCUACAACCAUCUCCCCUAGUGUACCAGAUGUUAUGACAUCUCUGAUCACUAGUUCUAGAGCAGAGAUCAGCACAACUUUUAGAACUAUGACUGAUUCUGCACACAAACCAGAGACAACAGCCUUAGCAGUCACCCACUCUGGGACAAAAACAAAUUCAGCUAUUCUAACUAUGACUGUUUCCCCUGGGAAGCCAGAUAAAACAGUCUCACUGGUCACCCAUUCUGAAGAGACCAGCCACACUGUUCCAAGGACAACCUCCAAUGUUUCCCAGGGUGAGUCGGACACCACACCCUCAACGACCACCAGUCCUGCCGCAGAAGUCAGUUCAGCUGUCCCAGCUAUGACUGUCUCACCCAGUAUACCAGAAAUGGUGACCUCACUGGUUACCAGUUCUGAGGCAGAGACCAGUACCGCUUUUCCAACUUUGACUGAUUCCUUAUAUGAAUCAAAGACCACAGCCUCAUGGGUCACCCAUUCUGAGACAAAAGCCAGUUCAGCUGUUCCACCUUUUCCAACCCUGACUUCUUAUUCUCACAAACUAGAGACAACAGCCUCAGAGGUCACCCAUUCUGGGAAAGAAACAAGUUCAGUUAUUCCAACUAUGACUGUUUCUGCUGGGAAGCCAGAUACAACAGUCUCAGUGGUCACCCAUCCUGAAGAGACCAGCCCAACUGUUCCCAGGACAACCUCCAAAGUUUCCCAGAGUGAAUCAGACACCACACCUUCAACAGCCACCAGUCCUGGGGCAGAAACCAGUUCAGCUGUCCCAGCUACAACUGUUCUGAUUUUCUCUCCUGGAAAGCCAAAUACAACCAUCUCACUUGUUACCCAUCCUGAAGAGACCAGUCCAACUGUUCCCAGGACAACCUUCAGUGUUUCCCAUAGUGAAUCAAACACAACACCCUCAGCAAACACUAGUCCUGAGGCAGAAACCAGUUCAACUGUCCCAGCUACAACUGUCUCACUUGGGGUUCCAGGGUUGGUGACCUCACUGGUUACCAGUUCCAUGGCAGAGACCAGUAUAGUUUUUCCAACUGUAACUGAUUCCAUGAACAAACCAGAGACUAUAGCCUCAGAGGUCACCCACACAGAAACAAGUUCAGCUGUUCCAACUAUGGCUGUUUCCCAUGGGAAGCCAGAUACAACAGUUUCACUGGUUACUCAUCCUGAAGAGAUCAGCCCAACUGUUCCCAGGAUAACCUCCAAUGUUUCCCAGAGUGAAUCAGACACCAUACCCUCAACAGCCACCAGUCCUAGGGCAGAAACCAGUUCAGCUGUCCCAGCUACAACUGUCUCACCUGGUGUGCCAGGGAUGGUGACUUCCCCAGUUACCAGUUCUGGGACAGAGACCAGUACAGCUUUUCCAGCUCUGACUGGUUCCCUACAUGAACCAAAGACCACAACUUCAUGGGUCACCCGUUCUGAGACAAAAGCCAGUUCAACUGUUCAAACUAUGGCUGUUUCCAAUGGGAAGCCAGAUAUAACAGUCUCACUUGUCACCCAUCCUGAAGAAACCAGUCCAACUGUUCCCAGGACAACCCCCAGUGUUUCCCAUAGUGAAUCUGACACCACACCCUUAAUGGCCACCAGACCUGGGACAGAAACCAGUUCAGCUGUCCCAGCUACAACUGUCUCCCCUAGUUUACCAGAUACAGUGAACUCUGAGACAGACACCACUAGGGCUGUUCUACCUCUGACUCUUUCUCCUGGUGAAUCAGCAACCACAGCCUUAUUAGUCACCUCUUCCAGUGCAGAGACAAGCACAAAUUCUCCUGCUUCAACUGUUUCUCCUCAUUUAUCAGAAACCACAGCCUCACCAUCCAUCUGGCCUGAGUUGGAGACUAGUACAGCUCUUCCAUCUCAGACUGUUUCUCUCAGUCCACCAAAAACAUUCUCUCUCUUCACCAUACCUGUGACCACGACAGCCAGAGUUGAUUUAAAUCCAACUGUUUCACUUGGUGUUCCCACAGAAACAGCCUCAGUCUCCACUGAGGAGACAGAAAUCAGCACAACUAUUGCAAUGUCAGCUAUUUCCCAUGGUUUACCAGAGACCACAGGUUUACUGGCCACCAGUCCUGAAGCCAAGGCUGGUACAAGCCUCCCUGCUCUGACUCUUUCCCCUGGUGGUCUUGGGCCUUCCAGGACCCCUGCAACAACCAUUGAGCUUUAUACUGUAACUUCUGGGAACACAGAAACCUCACCACCUGCAACCUCAGUUGAACACUCAGAAUUUCCCAAAACUGUAACAGGGGACACUGUGACCUUGAGACCAUCAGAGACCACGAUGCGACCUAAAACCAGUCAUGUGGAAGGAUUAAGUACAGCCACUAUCCUGAAAACCACCACUGUUGAGACCACUCAUUUAGCUGCCACAGGUUCAGGCCCCACUGUGGCCGAGACCACAACCACCUUCAACACACUGGCUGGAAGUCCUUUUGCCCAUGUGACCACACCUGCAACAUCCACCUUGGCCUCUGUGACUGUGACUUCAGGAACAACUGCAAUUCCUUUCUUGAUGCCUUUUACUGUCAACUUCACCAUCACCAACCUGAACUACACAGAAAACCUGGGAAACUCAGACUCUAAGAUAUACAAAGCCACUGAGAGAGACCUGCAGCUGCUGCUCAGGCCUUUGUUCAGAAACAGCAGCAUUGGUUCCCGGUACGCCGGCUGUAGACUGACCUUGCUCAGGGCUGAUAAGGAUGAAAGAAGCACCAGGAUGGAUGCGGUCUGCACCUACCGCUCAGAUCCCACAGGCUUCAGGCUGGACACGGAACGUCUGUAUUGGGAACUAAGCCAGCAGACCCAGGGUGUCACUCGGCUGGACCACUACACCCUGGACAGGAACAGUCUCUACGUCAAUGGUUACAACCAUCGGGACUGGAUCCCCACCACCAGCACUCCAGUGACCUCCACCUUCUCCCCAGGACCUCCAGCAUCUCCAACUUCCAUCCCCAGCUCUACAGUUGCAGACACGGGCCCAGCCCUGGUGCCAUUCACCCUUAAUUUCACCAUCACCAACCUGUUCUAUACCCCAGACAUGGGGCGCCGAGGAUCCGAGAAGUUCAACGUCACUGAGAAGGUUCUGAAUCACCUGCUUGGUCCUCUGCUCAGGAACACCAGUGUCGGCCCGCUCCACUCUAACUGCAGACUGACCCUGCUCAGGGCUGAAAAGGAUGGAGCAGCAACUGGAGUGGAUGCCAUCUGCACCUACCAUCCUGACCCCACACGUCCUGGGCUGGACAGAGAAAAGUUGUACCAGGAGCUGAGCCAGCUGACUCAUGGUGUCACCAGGAUGGGCAACUACACUUUGGACAGUAACAGCCUCUAUGUCAAUGGUUAUAACCGUCAGUACGGGAGGCCCACCACCAGCACUCCAGUGACUUCUACAUUCUCUCUGGAAUCUUCCACAUCUCUGUCCCCCAUCCUCAGCUCUACAGGCAUGAGCCCUUCUCUGGUGCCUUUCACCCUCAACUUCACCAUCACCAACCUGAGCUACACAGAGGACAUGAGUCCCCCAGGAUCUGAGCUAUUCAGCACCAUGGAAAGGAUCUUGAAUCGCCUGCUCAAACCCUUGUUCCAGAAUAGCAGUAUUGGACUCCUGUAUUCUGGCUGCCGACUGAUCUUGCUCAGGCCUGAAAAAAACAGAAGAGCCACUGGAGUUGAUGCUGUCUGUACUCACCGACCUGACCCCAUGGGCCUUAAACUAGACCGAGAGAGGCUGUACCAGGAACUGAGCCACGAGACUCAUGGAGUCACCCAGCUGGGAUUCUUCACUUUGGACAAGGACAGCCUCUAUGUCAAUGGUUACACCCAACGGACCUCAGCCUCCACCCCCAGUGCUGCUGGGACCUCCCCACCCUUCCCAGGGACCUCCAUGGUGCCAACCCACUUCCCCAGCUCCACAGCAGGAGUCCCUCUUCUGAUGCCUUUCACCCUCAACUUCACCAUCACCAACCUAACCUUCGAGGAGGACAUGCAGCACCCUGUCUCCUGGAAAUUCAACGCCACCGAGUUGAUCCUGCAGGGUCUGCUCAGACACAUGUUCAAGAAUACCAGCAGUCUGGGAUCCCUCUAUUCAGGCUGCAGACUAGCCUUGCUCAGGCCUGAGAAGGACGGGGCAGCCACCAGAGUGGACGCCAUCUGCAUGCAUCGCCCUGACCCCAGAGGCCCUGGAUUGGACAGACAGCAGCUGUACUGGGAGCUGAGCCACCUGACCCAUGGCAUCACCCUGCUGGGCCCCUACACCCUGGACAGGGACAGUCUCUACGUCAACGGCUACACCCAUCAGGCCCUGAACUCCACCCCCAGCAUAGCCAGCCCUGCCCUGGUGCCAUUCACCCUCAACUUCACCAUCAAUAACUUGCACUAUGUGGAGGACAUGCAUCGCCCUGGUUCCUGGAAGUUCAACAACACAGAGAGAGUCCUGCAGGAUCUGCUCAGACUCUUGUUCAAUAACACCCGGUUGGGCCACAUAUACUCAGGCUGCAGACUGACAUCGCUCAGGCCUGAAAAGAAUGGAGCAGCCACUGGAGUGGAUGUUGUCUGCACACACCGCCCUGAUCCAGCGGGCCCUGGGCUGGACAGAGAGCAGCUGUAUUGGGAGCUGAGUCAGCUGACACAUGGUGUCACCCGGCUGGGCCCCUACACCCUGGACCAGGACAGUCUCUACGUCAAUGGUUACUCCCAUCGGACCUCAGCCACCACUGCCAACACCACUGACCUUCACCUGGUGUCCUUCACCCUGAACUUCACCAUCACCAACAUGCAGUACACGGAGGACAUGGGUCGCCCAUCUUCUCAGAAGUUCAGCGCCACCGAAAGGAUCUUACAGCAGCGACUCAGGGUCUUGCUCAGUAAGACCAGUGUCGGCCCCCUCUAUGCUGGCUGCAGCCUGGAGUUGCUCAGGCCUGAAAAGAGGGGAGCAGCCACUGGAGUGAAUGUGGUCUGCAGACUCCACUCUGACCCCGCAAGACCCGCACUGAACAAACAGCAGCUGUACUGGGAACUGAGCCGUGGGACGGAUGGCAUCACCCAGCUGGGCUCCUUCAGUUUGGACAGAAAUAGCCUCUACGUGAAUGGUUACACCUAUGCAGCCCUGGCCCCCCCUACCACCCCUGGGGAGGUCAGUGAGGAGCCCUUCACGCUGAACUUCACCAUCGACAACCUGCGCUACUCGGCAGACAUGGGUCACCCAGGCUCCCACAAGUUCAACAUCACAGACACCCUCAUGCAGCACCUGCUCAGCCCGUUGUUCCAGAGGAGCAGCCUGGGUGCCCGGUAUGCCGGCUGCAGGGUCAUCUCCCUAAGGUCUGUGAAGAAUGGCGCCAAGACACGUGUGAACAUCCUCUGCACCUACCGGCAGUCCCCGAGCGGCCCCAGUCUGCUGGCCAAGCAGGUGUUCCAUGAGCUGAGCAGACAGACCCACGGCAUCACCCGGCUGGGUCCCUAUUCUCUGGACAAGGACAGUCUCUACCUCAAUGGUUAUAAUGAACGUGGUCCAGAUGAGCCUCCUACAACUCCCACACCAGCUACCACGUUCCUUCCUACUUCACCAUCACCUGUGCAGCCAGAAUCCACCACAGCUAUGGAAUACAACCUGAAGACCCUCACACUUAACUUCACCAUCUCCAACCUUCCAUACUCAGCAGACAUGAGCAAUGGCUCUGCCAUGUUCAACUCCACCAAGAUGAUCCUGCAUCGCCUGCUUGGAUCCUUGUUCCAGAAGAGCAGUCUGGGCCCCUUCUACUCAGCUUGCAGACUGAUCUCCCUCAAACCUGAGAAGGAUGGUGCAACCACCAGCGUGGAUGUUGUCUGCACCUACCACUCUGACCCCAUGAGCCACAGGCUGGACAUAGAGCAGCUUUACUGGGAGCUGAGCCAACUGACCCAUGGUGUCACCCAGCUAGGCUUCUACACUCUGGUCAAGGACAGCCUCUUCAUCAAUGGCUAUGCACCCCAGAGUUUAUCUAUCCAGAGGGAAUACCAGCUAAAUUUCCACAUCAUCAACUGGAAUCUCAGCAACCCAGACCCCAUGUCCUCAGAGUACAUCGCCCUGCUGUGGGACGUCAACGACAAGGUCACCAAACUCUAUAGAAGCAGCCGGCUACAAGACGUAUUCCUCUACUGCCUGGUCACCAACUUGACGUUGAAUCCCGUACUGGUCACCAUCAAGGCCCGGUUCUCCUCCAGUGUGGACUCCAGCAUGGUGAAGCAAGUAUUUCUAGACAAGACCCUGAACGCCUCAUCCCACUGGCUGGGUGCCACCUACCAGCUGACAGAUGUGCACGUGACAGAAGCGGAGCCAUCAAUUCACCCACCAACGGACCAACCAAUGAUCAGUCCCAGUUUCCAGAAAGUCCAGCUAAAUUUCACUAUCACCAACCUAUUCUAUUCUCAGGACAUGAAACAGCCAGACACUCCCAAAUACCAGAGAAACAAGAAAAAUAUUGAGGAUGCGCUCAACCAGCUCUUCCGAAACAGCAGCAUCAAGACUCAUUUUUCUGGCUGUGAAGUUUCAGCAUUCAGGUCUGUCCCUCCAAGCAACCACACUGGGGUAAACGCUGAGUGUAACUUCAUGCUUCUGACUCGGAGUCCGUACCAAGUUGUCAUCUAUGAGGAAUUCCUGCGUCUGACCAAGAAUGGUACUCAGCUGCAGAAUUUCACCCUGGACAGGAACAGUCUCCUUGUGGAUGGGUAUUCUCCCAACAGAAACGAAGUCGUGACUGAGAAUUCUGACCUCCCCUUCUGGGCCAUCAUCCUCAUCUGCCUGGCGGGACUCCUGUUGCUCAUCAUGGUCCUGAUCAGCUUUUUCCUGGUCACUGUCCACCGGCGGAAGAAGGAGGCAGACUAUGAGGUUCAGCAACAGCAGCCCAAUAGCAUGGGCCAUUACCUGCCACACCUGGACCUGAGGAAGCUGCAGUGACACCUGCCCAAGUCCCCUUUUCCCAGACAGGUUCCAAAGGAGGUUGGCUGGAACAGAAAUAAACCACGUUGGUUGGACACAACCUCCAGGCCUUUCUUGGCCUGGCCCCUACCUGGUUCACAGUGGACUGAGAGAAGAGGUCUCCCCUUUGUUGUCCUGAAGACAGCUGCAACUUCUGUCUGAUGGUUUCACACCCUCAGGGACACCAGGACUAGUGAGAUAGGCACAGACGUGGCUAACGAACAAAAUCGACAUCCCACUUAAGUGAGGUUUACCUUCCUAGUCACCCCCUGAACACCUCUCUCCUUGACUCCUGGGCAGCCAUCACCCCAUCACUAUUCUUCCAUGUUCUACACCCUCUUCCCCGAAGCCCUGGCAGUCUCAAGUUCCUUGUGAACUACUUUAUUCUCUGAUGUUCAGAUUCACCAGGAUGUUCACUGACUCCUCUCUUUCAUCACAGGUCCUCCAAGGUAGGAAAUAGACUAAGAGGAGUUAGUGGGUCAGCCACGAUUCUGCAGUCAGCCCUGGGACUUGGUAUCUGGGAAGACUGAAUCUCAGAGUGGCAGCAAACUCUAGAGAGAUAGAGCCUACAUUGGAUUUAAAGAUGAAUAAAACUCAGGGGAAAGAUCUGAGAGAAAAAAUAAAGACAGUCCCUUUUUUCAUUUUUUUCUGCACUGAAUCUAACUGAAUGGUUAAAGCAGAGACUCCCCAACAUGCAGCUCGAAGCAUCCCAGGCAUGAUGCUAACACUGUAGAUGCUCUGUUACUGUUUAAUACCUCACUCUCAGAAACUGUAAAUCCCAGACCUGCCUGGUGGUCCAGUGACAAGGACUCCAUGCUCCCAGUGCAGAAGGCCCAGGUUUGAUCCCUGGUCCAGGAACUAAGAUCCUGCAUGCUGGACAGCACAGCCAAAAAACAAACAAAAAAACACCCACAUUAUUUAACUUCUGGGUAUUAAGAACAAUUAAGAAAUUAGCUACAUGACCAAAAUUAAAACUAAAAAAAAAAAAGAAAGAAAAAUUUCCUGGCAGAAAAAACACCUGGAUUCAUAGGCACAUAAUCUUGACUCAUAAAAUAUAAUGAACAAAGGAAUAAAAUUACAAAGUUUACCUGAAAAUUGAUCAUUAUAAUGGGUCAUUUUCAUAUAUCCUCUCAAGAAAUGAAAAACACAGUGUUUGUUAGCACGUGAUGGUUUAGAGAAUAGUUAAUAAAAUGUUUCUAUGAAACAACUACCAAAGCAUUCCUGUGGCAAAAAAAACUCACAUGCUUCUUACAUACAAACAUAAUUUAAAACAUAUUGAGAGAUUGUAAUCAACUACAAGAACAGGACACCAACACAAGGAAGGAGUUUAUUUUCAGAAAUAAAAGAUCAGGUGAGGCAGCCAGUGUACAAUGCAGUAGAGAAACAAACUCCCUUGUUUUCUUACUACAUCACUGUAGGUGUCAUGGUGAAUCAGGAAAACACACUCACUAGCACCAUUUAGACUUUAAAUGGAUAUAAUCUAGAGAAGAG